GAUCAGGACAAACAGGCCUCACGCACGCACUGAAACGCCAACCUGAACCAGAUUAUUCCUGUUUGGGAAACGCUGUGUACGCCAUUCUCCCUCAAACACACACACACACAUUAAAACGCCAAAAUUCGCGCCGCGUUUGACAAAAAAAUGACGCUCGGAAAUACAGAUACAUUACAUUCUCCUGUUUUUUGUUUUAUAGCUCCACGUAGUUUAUGGUUAUUAUCUGGCCUUGUCGCAGUCGAGAAGCUUUAUCCACUUGCUCUUCGACAAGAGAUAAAGAGAGAGGAGUGCGCAUGCGCAAGAAGUUGCUAGAUGAUUACUUUUCACCCAGAUACAAGAGCUGCUGCUGUUCAUGCUGCUGGUGCGGAUUCCUGUGACCUUAUAUGGCAGUGUGGGGGAUGGAAAGGCGCCUUUACUCUCCGGACCAGGCAACUGACGAUAGUUCCUCAAACGCACACUGAAAUGUGUUUUUACCCUCUUUCCCCCCUCGUCGGGAGCUACACCCUCACAGCGAAAUGAUAGAAAUAAAUACUUCACCGUCGACUCGUGUAAACUCUGAUGUUAUGAAAACAACCGACACAAUCCUAGGAGGGAGAGAAACUCCCUGUCUUUAACUCUCUCUCUCUUUCUCGCUCGCUCUCUCUCUCCGUCCCCCUGGAGUGAUCGAGCCUCACCCAGUUAUGGCGCAGCAACAUUUCACAGCACAGUGCUAUCCUUUGUCUGUAAAGAAGCCAUUUUGUGAACAACAGCAGUUGGAAGAGAAAACCCUCUGAACAAGUGUAGCCUAGAAAAAAAUUGUCCAAAUGGAAAGCAGUACAGAUUUUUCCUAGUAUGAUGGUCUUUUUGCUCUUUAAGCUGUGGAUUACAUGUUUUUUUGAAUACCAACUGAGACGCUCUCCCACCCCAUUAUUAAUGCCAUUAUUAGAGGAUCCGAAGAUGGAGCUGAAAACAUUGCUGCCCCUGCGUUUAGGCCUGUUAACUGCUUUUCACCAAAGUGCUGAGGUAAAAUGGCUGCCGACAGCGCUCAGCCCCCUCUCUCAGCUCUCUGUUGAAGGACUCCUGAGCCGUGCUUCUAAUAGAGACUCUGCUCCUCCGCCGCUGCGCUCUGAUUGGCCCGCGGAUCCACCGCUCUUAACCAGCCAAUUGCCCGAGCAGCAAAACAUCGGGCAAUGUCAACGAAAAUCGACUUCAGCCUUCCCCCAAAUUUGUAAUAAAUUACAAGAACGAUUAAAAAAACGUUAUCAACAUAAAGGACUUGAAUAUCGUUAAAACAAAACAAAAUACGGACUUAAACACGCUGAGGCACUAGAUGUUUGCGUGCAUUCAUAACAGGCGAAGGACGGCUUUAGAGACGCUUUACAUUUAUUUUGCCAUACUUGCGCUCGUUAAAUUCGAAACAAAGCAACAUAUAAUUAAAAACAUAAAAAACAUAAAAACUCUCCACUGAAACUAAUACUACUUAUAGAACUUAGUCGUUGCGGCAGAUAGUUUCGUAACAAUCCUACCGAACUGUUCUUUUUGUUAUCAUAUUUCGGUGUGACUCUGAGUUGUCAAAUUCUAACUGCAACUGAUGUUGUCUUUUUUAUUAGCUAACUGUAGCAGUUGAGAAGAAAUUGACCCUUGUGUCUAUCUUGUGUUUGCUAUUUAGGUAAAUGAAGACGGCAGAUUCGCCAUAAAUAAGCAUUAAGCGAUUUAUUCACCAAUUGCCGCUAUUAGCUAUCCGUGAUAGUGGACCUAACCAAUAUUGACGGUUAUGUUAGGUAGAGCUGUGUUGUUAUUAAAAACACAGUUAAAUGAACAGUAGGGAAGGGAAUAGAUUUGUGUCGAAAGUGCGACAACCGUCGAAAGGAGGAGGACAAGCCUGGCGGUGUAUUGUAGGAGAGACAGGGAUCCUCAGAGCAGACACACAUACACAUACACACAAUAUGUGUUGGCUCUCGCCGUAAAGGAGGCAGUAUUCUUCAAGCUAAAUCAUGUAAUGUAAGCGGCGAAAAGGGAAAGCGAUUCGCGUCUUUUCAUCCGUUCUGGAAACAAAAAACCACUCGAUCGGACGAACCAUGUCCAAGCCAGGCGAGAGAAACAGAUUGAACGAAGACCAUGGCAGAAAGCAGAGUUCAAGUUUGGCGAACGGCAUGGACAGUCAUCCUGUCUGCGGCUCGGCGGAGAAGCGGAGUCACCACUGUAGAAGUUACAAGUUGAUCAUCGACCCGGCGCUGAAGAAGGGAGAACACAAACUGUAUCGCUACGAUGGACAGACUUUCAACCUGCCCAACCCCGGGAUUCCACCGGUGGACAUCGUCCGGGACCCGAGGAUCGGUCGUCUUUGGACAAAGUAUAAAGAAACGGAUCUUCCGGUGCCUAAAUUUAAGAUCGAUGAGUUUUAUAUUGGUCCUGUGCCUCCCAAGGAGGUGACAUUUGCCAGGCUGAACGACAAUAUCAGGGAAGGAUUUCUUACGGACAUGUGCAAGAAGUUCGGGGUCAUCGAGCAGGUGGAGAUCCUGUACAAUCCGAAGAACAAGAAGCACUUGGGGAUUGCUAAAGUUGUUUUUGAGAGCGUGAAAGCUGCCAAAUCAGCUGUUCAGUCGCUCCACAACACAUCUGUUAUGGGAAACCUUAUCCACGUGGAGCUGGACCCAAAAGGUGAGAAUCGCCUCAGGUAUUUCCAGCUCCUGAUGAAUGGCAGCUACACACCGAGGACCCUACCUGUUGGUGGAGAGGAACUGAGGGAAGUUUCUCCUCGUAGCCUGGCAGAAGCAUUACUGGCUUGCGAGCCAAUCCGCAGGUUGUCGGAGGGCAGUCUGUCAGGUGUGGCACCGACGUUACCCCCCAGCAGCUCCACCACUCCUCUGUCCCUGGAGACCGGCUACUCCAGCCUAAGGCAGGACACGCCUCAGUCCCAGGGAACUCCUCAUACUCCACGUCCGAGCAGCACGCCCUUCUCACAGGACUCCAAUUACUCCAGUCGGCAGUCCACGCCUGCGUACCAGUCGGGUCGGUCCGAGAACUCUGGAGGAUACAAAUCCCGGAGGCACGAGAGUAAGUUUCAGGAUGCGUACAACCGCCGGCCGGAGAGGCCUCAGUAUCGCAGCAACAUGUACCGCAAUUCGAACUCUGAGGCAGCGCCCUUCAAGCAGCACCAACUCACACCACCUGAACCUCCACCGUCCACCCCAUCUUACACCUAUGCAGCACCCCCUCCUGCUACACCAAACUUUAAGUCCACCAUACCCCCCUACCAGGCUCCUCUCCCCCCUGCGUACCCCGUCUCAGAGCCACCGUACCACCACCCACCUCAGAGGGAGGAGGAGUACCUUCGACCCCCACAGCCGCCUCUGGCAGCUGCCGCGGACUUUGUGCCCAUUAAAGAUAGACCAGAAACCCCCCCUAUCCCCGAGCCCCCCCCAGAACCGGUCCCUCUGCCGACCACCCCCCCUCCUCAGACACCAGAACGCUGUCCCUCACCCGGCUCUCCCACGCCCGAUCCAGAGCGCAACAGCCUGGAUUCCCGCAUUGAAAUGCUUCUCAAAGAGAAAAGGACAAAGCUGCUGCCUUUUUUAGAGGAGCGGGACUCGGACACCGAGGUACGAAUGGUGGGCAGUCCCAUUUCCUCCUCGUCCUCUCAGUUGUCCCCGAUCCCCCCUUACACAGGCGGGCAGCAAACAUCCCGUCCCUGCAGCACAGGUUUGGAGGACAUCAGCCCGACCCCGCUGCCAGACACGGAUGACGAGGAGCCGAUUCCUGGAACUGCCACGCUGAUCAAGAGGACGAGUUCGCCCGUCCCUGAGAAGUUGAGCAACAGUGACCACAAAGAUGGACAUUUCCAAGCGCACACUCCCAGCGAUAAAAUGGACAUGGCCCAGUCGUCGGGAGAGGACAUGGAGAUCUCGGAGGACGAGAUGCCCGGGACUCCGAUCGCCAGCGGAGAGUGUGGCAAGGGCAUUGUUGUCAACUCGGCCGUUUCUCCCAUGCAGACCAUUCCCAUGCCUCUGCCUGGCUUCCCCACUCUAGCGCACCAGGCCGGCUUCCAGAUCCCGCACCACCACUUGCACUCGACGGUCCCGGGACACCCGGGUCACCUUGGCGCUCACCCCGGAGUGCCGCCGCACAUGCUUCCGCACAUGAACCCUUACCCCCACAGCAUGGUGCCGCUGGUGCAGAUGGAGCUAAUGAACUGCCUGCGGUGGGAACAGUGGAGCACGGUUCCCAUGUCGUUCCAGAUGCAGCAGCAGAUGCUGAGUCGCAUCGCUCAGACCCGGGGGCCGUAUCCUUUUCCGCAUUUUAUGGACAGCGGUGCGUUCGGCGGCCUGUAUCCUCCCUUGUCGAUCGGCGCUGCCCCCGUGAACGGCAACACCGGGUCACAUGGGCAGCAGUGGCAACAUCCGACCGUACCAAAGUUCAACCCCACCGUGCCCCCUCCGGGAUAUGACGGGAAGAAGGAGGAUCCGCACAAGGCCACGGUGGAAGGCGUCCUCCUGGUCAUCGUCAAAGAGCUGAAGGCCAUCAUGAAGAGGGACCUCAACCGCAAAAUGGUGGAGGUGGUGGCGUUCAGGGCCUUCGAUGAGUGGUGGGACAAGAAGGAGCGCUCGGCAAAGGCAACGCUCACCCCUGUGAAGGGUGUGGAAGGAAAAGAAGAAGAGAGGCCCAAACCCAAGGAACCGAUGGGUUCGAGUCUGUUGGAGAACUGGAACAAAGGUGAAGGGCUGGGCUACGAGGGAAUGGGCCUGGGCAUCGGUCUGAGGGGAGCCAUCCGCCUGCCGUCCUUCAAGGUGAAAAGGAAAGGUCCGCCUGAGGCCGCGUCGGGAGGAGAAAGUAAAAGAGCCCGACCGUCAACGCCAGCUGACGACGAGCUGGAGGACGAAGACCGGGAUCGAGACCAAGCAGAUCGCAACUUGGACGACUCGAAGGCGGACAGCGACGGUCUCUCUUCAAAACGACGGCACUCUCGACCGCUGGAGCUGGACAGUGAGGGCGAGGAGGAGGAGGCAGACACCUCAGGGAAGGAGGAGGAGUCUCUGUCUGACCGGGAGGAGGAACCUGACAAAACGGGCGCUGUGGCCAAAGUUUUGUUAGAAAAGCAGAGUGGAGACGAGGACAGUGAGGACGAAGAAAAGGAAGACUCCUCCAGUGAGAGCGCGUCCUCCGACUCGUCUGACGACGAAGCCCAGAGCUCGGCCUCCUCGAAGGUCAGCUCGGACUCUUCCGCAGGAAGCUCGGACUCCUCGGAGGAGUCGAGUUCAGAGGAGGAAGAUGAGGAGGAAGUGAAAAGAAGGGUGGAAGAAGCAGAGGACGGGGACGCGGAGUCGUCCUCGUCCUCAUCCUCGUCGUCUUCGUCUUCUGAUGAGGAGGAGGCGGAGCAGGAAGCCAAACCCCCGACUCCGCCUGCUCUAUCGGUUCUAGAUGAUCUUGAAGACAAGAGCAGUAAAGAGGCACAAAGUCUGAAGUCCAAACGCAGACCACCGAGUCCAGCAGAGCAGCCGGUGGACGAGAGGCCGCCGUCGCCCAAAGACGCCUCCGUCAAAGUGGGAGACGUCCCUGCGGUGAAGUCUGAAACUCAGGAGCAUGUAGCAAACCUUCGGCCAACCACUCACUCAGUGACCGUGUCUGACAGUGACCAGGACUCGAAAGCCAAAGGUAAAACAGAGCAUGUGGACGCGGCCCCCACCCCUGGUCUGUUAGCUCCUCCCCCCUUAGAUCCAAGCACAUCAGUUCCCAAACCCGUUUCCACGUCGACGAUGCAUCUCCCUCUCCCGCCUCACCCUACGAUCGAAGGUCGUUCCCUGCUUCAUCCUCCCCCUGGUCCUCUAGCCGAUGUCCCUCAGCGAAACAGGCUCCCCACUGACGAGGACGUUCCUCGUACACCGGGCAGAGACCUGAUGGAGCGAGGCCGGGGUCUGGGGAAGUCCCAGAGCACGGACACUGUGCCCAACACGCCCGGCAGCGACGCUCCUCUCACUGGCAGUAGCCUGCUGCUCAGCUCGCCCCACAUCCCCGGCAGCCCCUUUUCCUACCCCGCUCAGUCGCCCGUCCUCAGUGCUGGAGUCCCUCGUACUCCAGGGAGAGACUUAACCUUCGCCCCCGUCUUCCCCGACCCCGCAGCACUAACACUCAGUAGGAAGGUGUCCUCUGAGAGCCUGGACGAUAGGCCGGUCUUCAAAGAGCCACCAAUCAAUGCACUGCCUAACCAAGCCCCGACUGCUGCCUCAGAACACUCGGCCGUUGUACCUGAAGAUCUGCCUGCUGGUCUCACCGUAGAUGCCCCGGUGCCGUCAGACACGGCCGUGUCAAAGAAGAAAUCUGGACGAACCAAAAGCAAAAAGAUCCCGGCCUCGUCUCCGGCCGAGGAGUCUUUGGAACCGUCGUCGGAGUCCGCGCUGCCGCGUCACGAGGCCAAGCUCGCCGGCCUGGCCUCACAAGUUACCUCCGUCAAGUCCCCCGGGCGUACGAGCCUGGACUUCCGGGAAGCAGAGGCGGAGGCUCAGACGGUGCUGCCGUCGGACGAUGGUUUUCUCUCCUACGAAGAAGAGACGCCCGUGAAGCCAGCGCGGAGGGCGCGGCGAAGCUGGGAGGAGCUGCUGCUGAACAGCCUGUCUCCCGUCACCACGCCGCCCCGGCCGUACUUCAAGCCGCGGUCCGACUUUGAGGAGAUGACCAUCCUGUACGACAUCUGGAACGAGGGCAUUGACGAGGAGGACAUGCGAUAUCUUCAGAUCACCUACGACAAGCUGCUGCAGCAGGACAACGGCAACGACUGGCUGAACGACACGCUGUGGGUCAACCAUCCUCCAACCAACAUCCCUGGAGUGAAGAAGAAGAGAAGGGACGAUGGAAUGAGGGAUCACAUGACCGGCUGUGCCAGGAGCGAGGGCUACUACAAGAUCGACAAGAAGGACAAGCUCAAGUACCUGGAGAGCACGCGGCUGGAGUCGGAGGAGCCGCCGGUCGACACUCAGGGCAUGAGCAUUCCGGCGCAGGUCCACGCCUCCACCAGAUCCGGCUCGGAGCGGCGGUCGGAGCAGAGACGACUCUUGUCCUCGUUUGCAUGUGACAGCGACCUGCUGAAGCUGAACCAGCUGAAGUUCCGUAAAAAGAAGAUCCGGUUCUGCAGAUCCAACAUCCACGACUGGGGUCUGUUUGCCAUGGAGCCCAUCGCUGCUGAUGAAAUGGUCAUUGAGUAUGUGGGUCAGAACAUCAGACAGGUGAUCGCGGACAUGAGGGAGAAACGCUACGAGGAGGAGGGCAUCGGCAGCAGCUACAUGUUCCGCGUCGACCACGACACCAUCAUCGACGCCACCAAGUGCGGCAACUUUGCCCGAUUCAUCAACCACAGCUGCAACCCUAACUGUUAUGCGAAGGUCAUCACGGUGGAGUCGCAGAAGAAGAUCGUGAUCUACUCCAGGCAGCCCAUCAACGUCAACGAGGAGAUCACGUACGACUACAAGUUCCCCAUCGAGGACGUGAAGAUCCCCUGUCUGUGCGGAGCGGAGAACUGCAGAGGAACGCUCAACUAACGUCCUCCCCACGACCCAAGAGGAAACCGUUCACGUCCCAGAUCAGCGUCCUCGGAUGAAGACGGAGCGACCGACGCGAGGUUCGGUUUGGGAGGAGGAGGAGAAACAAAAGUCGCCUGGAUUCGGUUUCCAGUCGCUGCGUGAACUUCGAGAAUGUUUACGAUUCAUGGUGCUCUUGAGCUGAAAAGAGAAGACGAGGAGAGUUUUUUUUUUUUUUACGCCAGUGACCCAGAGUUCCCAGAACCCCGACUCACUGACGUUGGUCGUCUUUCCCUCAGCGUUCACAGUAUUUCGGCCGCGGCUCCGUUCGAGUCCUGGUUUGUACAGUUUUACACUUGUUGCGUUUCUCAUUCGUCUCAUAAGCUUUACGUCCGACACACACUUUCAUGAUCAGCUGCUGACUAACACUUUUGCGACGCACAAGCCGGUAAAGAAUAACACACCCCCGUGUGUGAGGGGUCGGCGUCGAGAAGACGGCGUUCCCAUCCAACAGCGGGCAGGAAAAGCCCAAAGUCCGAACCCUGCCCUCCGGCUCCUACCUCCUCUGAAGUUUUUCUGCUUUUGGAAGACGUCAAACUGAAUAGAAACGCCCGAAAAGAAGCGCGUCAAAUCCUGCCACAGAAUCUGUAACCGUAUGGAGACCAGACGUGCUAUCACCAGCCAAUGACGGGGCGCGCUGCUUCCUGUUUGUUUAUGCAAAAAAAAAAAGAAGAAAAAAAAGAAGACUGAGUAGAAGAGGCGCAGAUAUUUGUACUGAUGAAAUUCCAGUGUUCCCACUUUGGUUCGAAGGCUCCGGUCUUCACGAUCCUUUACACUAAAGUACACUAUAUUUGUGCGUGCGUGCGUGCGUGCGUGAGAGAGAGAAGGCGUUCAUCAAGCUUCCAAGUCAUGAAGUAUUUAUCAACACAUCUGUUGAUCUUCUGUAUGUGUGACUAUAUGAAUGAAUGAAUGUGAGUGCACUGCCCCCUGUAGGCCACUUUGCAGAAGGUCUCUUGACCAUAACAGAAAAGAACAGUUAACGCUCAAGGACACCCCUGCUGGACAGUAUCUCCAAAAUAGUCAGUUAAAUCAAACGUUGGAUUAUUCCUCGUUGUUUAAAUCCUAAUCUGGAUUACAGUUUGUACCGACACACGGCUGAGCUAGCUGAGCUAGCUGAGCUAACUGAGUAGCGGAAAAGAUAGAACAUCUGGUCCAGUGUAGAACACAGUAGCAGACGCAGCCCUGGUGUUAUCAAACUAGCCUCUAGGGGCAGUUUUUUGUCUCAUAACGUGCUCAAAAUAUCAGUACAAGUACUAUGCAACAUGAAUUGCUUCCCAAGUGCUUGUUAGCCUGUCAUUGUUGAUGCACGGGUUCCCCUCACAUGUCGUCCGUGUCUCGACGACACGAGCCGGUCCCUGCACCGCCCUUUUGGUUUUCUGAGGGGUAAACAGGUUGGUGACUGUUGAUAAAGUUCCUUUGAAGAUCAGUGGGUACUGUAAAAAAAAAAAAAAAAACAACGAUCCACGUUGCAUGGCACUUGUAGUGACAAAAAGUUUUGUUUUGCGUUGAGAAGGUCGAUCGGUGACUACGAUAUUAAUUCCACCGUUGACCGACUCAUUUGAAAACGCCUCAAAUGUCUUAAGGUCACAGUCGGAGUCAGAGGUCAGAGGUCAGGGACGAGCACAGACACAAGAAGUUCAACAAGAAUAAAUAAUCAGAAAUACUCAUCUAAACUAAAAGAAGUUGAUAAAUCUUUAACUAGUCUUUAACUAGUCAUUAACUAGUCAUUAACUAGUUAUUGACUUCCUUCAACUGACAGUGCUGCGUGACCUCUGACGACCUCUUGUGUUGACGUGGUCGGUGAAAAGAUGGGUUUAUCUCUCGAUGUUGAAGUGCCAUAUGGUUGUGUCUCUGUCGGUCACUCUGUCUGAGCGACAGUGGACCAGAGGUGGGCGCUGUUGGGCGGUUGUCAUGGUUUCCACCUCUUCCUGCAGCAGUGUUCAAGGUUCCCUGUGAGACCAAAGUGUUUCUGCCGCUCAGUCAGGACAAAAUUGUUCUUUAUUCCAUCGUUAGGAUGAAGACAAGAAGAAGAAGAAAAAAAAUAUUUGUAAAGAUGCACUCGAGGCCUGAACCUCCCCCCCCCCCCCCCCUUCUCCCCCUCUCCAGUUUGUCAUUUUCUUUCACCGAGUUCAGAUUAAUUAAUAUUCUCAUCCACUUUUUUUUUUUAUUUUUCCAGCCGUGUUGUCUAUAUUGUAAAUCAAAAGUUGUACAGAAAGCCUAGUUUUUUUUUUUAACUCCACAGGGUUUAUCACUUUUAAGAUGCAUCUCUUCGUCUCUCAUCAACUCUCUCUUCAUUUUAUAUUGGGAAAAAAACAAAACAAGACUGAGUAUUUAAAAGUAUUUUCAGGGAUCAGUAAAAUGAAUGGAAGGGUUUAAAGGUCUGUUUAUUUAAAGAGCGAAAAAAAAAACACGCAAAAAACGCGGUCGUCCAGUGUAGAAAAACAAGUCGAACCUUUUUGAAAGAUUGUUUCUUGUGGAAACGUCUUCAUUUUUCAGCCCGUUUGCUUCCUAAUCAGAAUUGUGUAAAUACUGUAACUGUGAAUAUUAUAUAAAUAUAUAUAUUUUUGUUCCCUGGGAUUUGCUACGUGAAAACAGCUCCGAGGUUUGUGUAACAUACGAGGUGAGCGGCGAGGAGCUGGUAGCAGGACAUUCAGCUUGUGUCAAGCUUCCUUUUUUUUUUUGUUUGUUUUUUUUUUCAGUUGUAAAUUCUAUGAAAUGUUUGCGGUGUGGAGAACGAGAGAGAGAGAAAAAAACAUGGUGCGGAAUCGGCAUGAGAAGAAAAAAGAUGCGUCGGCUCAUGUCUAUUUAUUACACGACAAAUGUACGGAAAAAAGGAAAACGUGGAAAUAAAGCAGUUUUGCAUAAAUCCAUACACAAGUCUCUCUCUCUCUCUCUCUCUGUCUCUCUCUCUCUCUCUCUCUCAGUAGUGACACAAGCAGGAUGGUGCGACCCCACCAGGCAGUGUACGGUAUGUCAGUCCAGUGUCCGAACCUCAUCAUUUUUAUUGACAGUAAUUUAUUCAUAAUUUUUUAUUUUACCUUAGUAAACAUUUUGUAGCUACUUUUGUUAGCAUUUUAAACAACAAGCUAGUUCAUAUAGCACGGCUAACGUUUCACCUACUGUAUGUUUGACACAUUUCUACCAGAUUUUUUUUAUAUCUGUUUUAUAACUUUGACUUAAAGUUGCAUGGGAAAAUUUACAUGUAGAACACAGGACAUAAAGCUCCAUUAUGGAACAUAUUUUAUGAAA